AUGUCAAAGAAUGAUCAAAAUAACUUUGAUGGGGAAGAAGAAGAAGAUAGCUACAGCUAUGAGAAUAAAAACAGCAAUGUCUAUUUAGGUCUAGUGGAUACUGCGAUUAAGGAAGACGAUGAGCCCGUGCCUGAAGACACUUUCAUUGGUGGUGAGCCAUGUUGGUUAGCUCCAGAUUCCAUGCCAAAUGAAGAGAUGCUAAAUUGUGGAAGCUGCAAAAGCACUGAGUUUAUGAAGCUUUUAGCGCAGGCAUAUGCUCCUUUGGAUAUGGAUAUGGUUGAACCAGUUUGCCAAAAGAAGAAGAUAAAGUUGAGUACCUCUAGCUUCAUCAACCCAGACUACACGAGAGUCUUGUAUGUUUUCAUUUGUACUAGAUGUAAGAGAAAAAAUGGAUCUGUCAAGUGUAUUAGAGGUGUGAAGAAGAAUGAUUCAGUUGAUUACGUUACUGAAAAAAUGGAACAAUUACAGAGCAAAGAGUUCCAAUUGAACCCGUUCGACUUGAGCUCAUCAAAAAACGAUUCAAAGUCUGGCCCAGAGUCCAACCCAUUUGCACUUUCCAGCGCAUUUUCGGGAGAUGCUGCUGUUGCGAAUCCAUUUGGGGCUACCGCUGCCAACCCAUUUGCUCAAACUGACAGUAAAACUGAAAAUGAAAAGGAUAAGGAUGUUAAAGAAGAAGCUCCUGCACUCAGCCAAAAGGCAUUAAGGAAGUUACACGAUCAGAAGAAGGACAAAGAAUUCGACUCUUCUAAGGCAUUCCCAGGUUAUUUCGUUUUUGUCGAAGAAGAAUCUUUCAAGAAUAAGACUCCAGAUCAUUUGAAAUUGCCAAAAAAUCUAAAGAUUGACAAAACUGCACUAGAUCUAAGCGAAGACGCCUUUGACUCUCUAGAAGAAAACCAAGCAAAACUUGACCCAAGAACAGAGAAGCUUUCCAAGUUUUUAGAUGACGAUGUGUUCCAAAAAUUCCAAGAAGUUGUUGGUUAUAACCCUGGCCAAGUUAUUCGUUACGAUUUUGGCGGGAAACCUCUAUACUAUGCCAAGACGCCUAAAGAAUUCGAAGAUAUCGUCGCUAAACCAUCAUAUAACCCAGCUUCGAAGAGAGUUUUCGAGAUGCAACUAAUGCCAAAAAUGAUCUUAGAUUUAGAAGAAGAAGUAUCACUAACCGAGGGCAUGGACUGGGGUACGAUUAUGGUUUACACGGAUAUUGAAAACUAUAUUCCAAAGUUUGAUGAAAAUAUGGUUGGAUACGUCGAAGAAGUGGUUAAAGUUCAAUGGGAAGCAAUUGACUAUGACGAAACAAAGAAUUAG